AUGAAGGCCGGAAUGGAGCACGUAAUUUCCAUGGAGGAGUUCCAUUCGAGAAAAGUUGAAAGAAAAGAAGCUGGUGAAUCAAGCAGAGACAAUGAUCAACCUGUUAUUGUCGCUAGACAUAAGCUGACUAUUACAAUCCAAGAGAGAGGCAGAACCAUUUCCAAGGAAGAGAAAGAGAAGUUUAAGAAAUUAAAGGAGGCGCAAGCCAAAGUGCAACUAGGAACAACACCAAAGAUACGAGAGGUUGUUUUAAUGCUGCGAGAUCACAAGCAUUACCAAAAGUACUGUGAGCCGAGAGUGGUAUCACUCGGUCCUAUCCAUCAUGGUAAGCCUAAAUAUCAGCUAACAGAGGAGUACAAGCUUAUGUUGGCAGACAAAUUCAUUGGAAAAACUGGCAGGACUGAUGAAGAAUUGUAUGGUAUUAUUAAGGAUAAAAUCAAAGAACUGAGGGAGUGCUAUGAUGAGAAAGUGACACAGAAAUAUAGUGAUGAGGACCUUGCUUGGAUGUUGUUUGUGGACGGCUGUGCAACAUUGCAGUUCAUAGACUUGGUUGCUCAUCAUGAGAAGGUCAAAGAUUUCAAAAUUAAAAACGAUCAAGUGGCCUUUGUGGAACAAGAUUUGUUCUUGUUGGAGAAUCAACUUCCUUAUCAACUCCUCGACUAUUUAGCGGAAAAUACUCAAAAUAGUGAAGAUAGAAAAAGUUUGAAGACGUCGAUCCAAAGUUUCAUCAAUAUGCACAGCAUGCUAGAUGAAGGUACAGAACCCCCAUAUGAUGGAAAUGCUAUCCAUCUUCUUGAUCUUCUGCGGAAAAGACUUCUAACUCCAAUUAACAAGAAAUACUCAAGUCCUAGUAAGGAUAAAUCUGGCAAGAAACGCCCCUGCUGUUUUGGGAAAACUGUGACUGACAACCACCAAAGUUAUAAGCAUAAGAAAAAAUUUAGGCAUGACUGGCAUUCAUUUCGCAAUGUGCAGGAGCUUAGAGAGGUAGGAAUCGAUUUGAAGCACAGCAAAAGUAGAAGCUUGAGAGAGAUAGAAUUCACCAAAAAAUGUAAUUUCUAUCCGGGAAUCCUCUGGAUGCCUCAAAUAACAGUGGAUGACUCAACCGGGCCUAAGUUCUUCAACUUAAUAGCCUACGAGAUGUGUCCGGAUUUCGACAAUGACUUUGGGAUCACCUCUUACAUAUCCUUCCUUGAUUCACUUAUUGAUGAAUCCAAAGACGUUAUAGACCUCAGAAAAGCCGGCAUACUCCGCAACCUCCUUGGCAGCGACGAAGAAGUGGCUCUAGUCUUCAAUGAGAUAGGCACUGACUUGGUGCCUAACCCCGCAACAUAUAGAGACGUCAGAGUUAAAAUCCAGAAUUAUUAUGAAAUGAAGUCAAUGACUUGGAUAUCUCAAGUUAUUCAUACCCAUUUCGACAGCCCCUGGACAAUGAUUACUUUCCUUGCCGCAUUCUUUGCACUUGGUCUCAGUGUCAUACAGACGGUCUACUCUAUCUUGGCAUAUUACAAUCUAUGA